GCCGAAUUCAGCAGCGGGCAAUAUAAUCUCUUCAUUUUUCAAGGUCUUAUGAGACAUUCUAACCUGUCGGCAAUUCUUGGAGACAAUUAUUGUAGAGGGCAAUGAGCCUACUGAUCGAUGACAGCAAUCACCGUCCAAUAAGAAGCCACUUCAAAUGGUCCUUUGGUCGUCAUAAGUCUGACAAUGUUAACACCGCGAAUGCCUUCAUUCCACCUCGAUACAUGUUCAGCUAUGAAACAACCGAUUCAAAUGUCAAACAGAUUGAAUUCACAAAGCCAUCUGAACUGCUGUAUCCCAAUGGUGCAGGCGAUCGACAAGAAACAUUUGAUUUCAGCACAGCUUUCUCUUUUUGUUCUGAAAACAAGUUAGACGGCAAUGAUCUUGAUGUGGCAAACAAUUACAAAACAAUAUUCACGUAUUCAGAUCCUAUAUGUAAUGUAGAUUAUCAAUUAUCAACAUAUGAUUAUACGGAUAGUGCACAAAGAAAAUACUUGGACAGUCGGGUCUACUAUGCAAUCAUUGCUUUAUCCGGCUUACUGCUGGUCCUAUUCUUUCCAUUCUUGUGCUGGUUUUAUGUGAAGCAUCUUAUUAAAAGUGAACGAAUGAUUGUCUUUCGACUUGGCAAGAGAAUGAAAGCUAAAGGUCCAGGCUGGGUAUUUAUGCUCCCCAUAUGUGAUCGUUUUCAUCGAAUUACUCUUGACGAGCAAACAGUGAAAAUAAAACCUGUAUCUGGUGGUACACAAGAUGAAGCGGUUGUUGAAGUCACGUGCUCGUCAACAUUCUAUCUACUUGAACCAGAAUAUGCCUACAGUAUGACAAGUAAAAGUCCAGUGGAGAUUGUUUCAACACAAACUCAGUUAUGCAUUCUUUCAGCACUGUCACACUUGGAAUGGAAUUAUUUAGAACAUGGUAAUGCUAAAAUCGACCUGGCUAAUGAAACAAAGGGUACACUGAAUACACGUUGCAGUGCGUAUGGAAUUCAUGUAAAAGAAGUUGAAAUUGGAGACUUAGUUCUGCUCCGUCCACCACCGCCAGUGAACAAGAACAAAUCGCAUAUUGAACUUGUUAGUAAACAUUUGCAACAAUUGUCAUGUGUACUGUUGAACACUCGUGAGACAUCGUCACAGUUUAGUAAAAUGUCUGGCUUGAGCAUACAGCAACAACAACAACAGCAAGAACAAGAAACAUCGUCUACAAUCAACACGGGGAUGAUUUCUCAACACUCUGAGUCAUUAUCCUCUUCUACAAUCACACCUGGUGAAUCCACCACCACCAACAACAACAACUCCACGAUAUCUACUAUCGAAUCACAAAAACAAUUUCACUACAAGCCAAUCAAUUCCCUGCAACAUUUAUGGCUCUCGCAUAAUCAUCCAUCCUUGUCAAGAGCGAUAACUCGUGCUCAAGGUCUGCUUAAUAGUGAUAUUGCUUGUGAAGCAUUGGAGCGUGCAUUACUACAACUGGUUAUAUCAACGUCAUCAGCGCAAAUCAAAUUCACCAAAGAUAAUUUACCCUCGGUAGAUUCAGCAGAGAGUUUAGGCUACACUCUCCUGUAUUUAGAUGCCAACAGUGGUAAAGUUGGCGUAGGCAGUAUUGCACUGGAUAAACAACCAAAUGCUACCCUCUACAUUCACAUCAAUGAUCUAAUCGAUGUUGUUGAAGGUCGUCUGGAUGUACUGAAGGCGAUAGAAUCUGGUCAAGUCUUUAUGACUGGUUCGUUGUCGGUGCUGAGUAAAAUGCGUCACCUACUUUAUCUAUCACCAGCUUGA